AUGAAGGCUUCCAUCGUCCUUUCUCAUAUCCUCCUUCUUGCGGCUUCUGCUGCAGCUGCAGUUACGCGCGGCCAUGGACUGGCUGCUCGAAUGGCCGCUCGCGGCGAGAUGACGCGACUGACACGUCCCAAAAUUCCUGCCAUCGACGUUGACGCCGAUGAAGUUGCCAACCGUACGAAUGUCGACUACAGCUCCAACUGGUCUGGCGGCGUUCUCACAGCACCGCCUUCGGGAACAACUUUCACCUCGGUGACUGCGCAGUUUACCGUUCCCAAACCGUCGUUGCCAUCGGGAGCCACGCAAGACUCUUACGCAUCUGCAUGGGUUGGAAUCGAUGGUGAUACUUACACCAAUGCCAUUCUCCAGACUGGUGUUGAUUUUGGUAUCUCGACAUCGGGGCAGGUCACCUACGAUGCCUGGUACGAAUGGUAUCCCGACUACGCCUACGAUUUUUCCGGCAUCGACAUCAGCACCGGAGACGACAUCAAAAUCACCGUCACAUCGACCAGUAACAAAGCCGGUUCCGCUGUUAUCGAAAACUUGACAAACGGUCAAUCAGUAUCUCAAAGCCUUACCGCCCCCUCCUCAACCGCUACUCUCGGUGGCCAAAACGCUGAAUGGAUUGUUGAGGACUUUGAGUCUAACGGAGCCCAGGUUUCGUUUGCCAACUUUGGAAAGGUAGCGUUUACAAACGCCGCUGCUGGUACUGCUGAUGGGGAUAGUGUUGGUACCUCGGGUGUUGAUCUUCUGGACAUUUCUCAGAACGGCAAGGUUUUGACUUCUGCUUCUGUUCCUAGUGACUCUGAGGUGUUGGUUGAGUAUACUGGUUAA